GGAGAGAGACUUCUGGCUACAUACACUUCCCAUUAAAGAACUUUCUGUUCUUUCCUUCAAUUUUAACGUUAUUCACCUCCUGUCGCAGUAAAUCGGCUUAAAGAACUACUAUGGCUCUUCAGAUCUAUGGUCAUCCUGUCUCCACUUGUACCCAGCGUGUAUUGACGGUACUCAACGAGAAAGGCAUCGACGUCAACUUCACUCUGGUUGACAUUUUCAAAGGGGAGCACAAGGCUACGGAAUACGUGGAUAGACUACACCCAUUCGGCAAGGUUCCUGUUCUUGUUGAUCACGAAAGCGGAAUCCAGAUCUUUGAGAGUAGAGCUAUUGCUCAAUACAUUGCAACGAAAUAUCGAGGCUCGGGCACCGAUCUUUCCCCCCCUGAGUCAGACUUGAAGAGAUAUGCUGUCUAUCAACAAGCUUUGUCUAUCGAAUUGUCCUACUUUGAUCCUUUAGCUGCUGUCAUUGUCUGGGAGAAGAUUUUCAAGGCUGUGACGGGAUUUGGAUCUCCAGACGAAGAAAUCGUCAGAAUCACCCUGAAGAGACUUGACAGUGUGCUACAAGGAUACGAGCGUGUUCUAUCUCAAAGUGAACAUCUUGCAGGCGAUGAAGUGACGCUUGCCGAUUUGUUCCAUUUGCCAUACGGAACGUUGAUAGAAGAAUUUGGUUUCGCCAAUCUACUAAAAAGUUAUCCAAAUGUCGCACGAUGGUGGGAAGGGCUAAAAGCUCGAAAGAGCUGGAAGGAAGUGAACGCGAAAUCUGCAUCUCGGUCUUGAUUGAUUAGUGUGCCUAUUCUGAUAUGAAUAGUGGAACAUCAGUAGGUAGCCCGUCAGGUACAAUCGGCUCUUGUAGAUCUCAAUUACAAUAGU